AUGACUCUCGCCGACACUACUAACACCAUUGCCCAGGAGAAGGAGGAGAAUAUCACGAAAGUCGUCACCGAAGUCGUUGGGGAGACCAAGACCACCGUUGUUGAGAAGGAGACUCUCGCUGAGAACGUCGUUGACUCGACAACUUCAGAGGAAGUCAAGGAGUCGGAGAAGACAGUCGAGGAGAAGGAGGCUGCUCCAGUUGAGGAAUCCGUUGCCUCUGUUGUGGAGACUGUCGUCGAAACUAUCACUGAAACUGUUACCGAGGCUGUUGUCGAGUCUACAACUGAGACUAGAACUGAAACUACACUCACCGAGACUGUUGUCGUUGAGACGACCGUCGUCACUUCUGAAGUUGUCGAGAAGGAAGCCAACGAGACGGCAAUGGAGGGGGAGACUGCCGAGGAGACCGCUCCCGAAGCCACAAAGGAAAAUUUCGAUGAGCAACUCAUCGCCGGGCGUCGCUUUAUGGCGACCAAUGCUUUCGACAAGGCUACCGAGGCUCUCAGCCGCGCCGCUUCUAUGGGAGCGGAGCUUUUCGGUGAGGGUCACGAAGACACCUUCGAGGCCAACUUCCUCUACGGAAAGGCACUUCUCGAGCUUGGAAAGGUUGAGGAUGAGGUACUCACCAACGCUCUCACCGACAUUCCAAAGGCAACCGAAGGAGACGAGGAAGUUCAAGACGAUCUCGUCGAAAACCCAGAGAACGUUCCACAAGAAGAGCGUGCUGAAAUCAAGCACAAUGUGGAGGUUGCUCUCGGUGUGGUCUCCGAAGACACUGAAGUGAUUGAGGAGGAGAAGACUGGAGAGCCGACGGAAAAGACGGAGGAAGCUGUCGAGAAGAUGGAAGGAGAUGACAAGGUUGUCGAGGAAGAGCAAAAGGCAGAGGAUAUCGAGAUGGAGGCUGUUGAAGGCGAAACCGCCGAGGAGCCAGUCUCCGAUGAGACUGCCGCUGCUGAGGAUCAAGAGGAAUCCGAUUCUGAGGACAACGAUGAUCCAAUCAAGCUCUCUUGGGAACUUCUUGAGACUUCUCGUUGCACCUGCGUGCACAAGCUCAGCGCUCUCGAGUCUGAGGAAAACGUCAACGCUGAAGCUGUCAAGACCUGGAAAUUGAACCAUGCUGAUGUGCUCACGUCUCUCGGUGAACACGGAAUCGCUGACAGCAAGUACGAGCAGGCCCAGAAGGACUUGAGCGAGGCGAUCGCCAUCCAGGCUAUUCACCUCCCAGCCACCUCUCGUCUUCUCGCCAACACUACUCAUCUUCUUGCCAAAGCUUUCAAUAUGGAUGGUCUCUUCGAAAAGGCGGCGACUCAUUUCAGCGAUGCCAAGAAUAUUCUUAUUGCUAAGGCUGAGGAGCUGAAGAAGGAGUUGGAGACGGCAAGUGAGGAGACGAAGAAGGAUCUCGAGUCCGAGAUCAAGGAGCUCGAGGAAUUGAUUCCUGAACUCGAUGCGCUCAUUGUCGACUCGCGUGCUUCUGCCGAGCAGACUGAGAAGAUCAAGGAGAGUAUCAAGCAGGAAUUCGAAACAAUCGCUGCCAACGCCGCAAAGUUGGAAGGCGAGGAGGCAAAAGACAUCUCCAGCAUUGUUCGUCGUCCAACGAAGCGCCCGGCGUCAGAAGAGCCAGCUGAGGAGGAUAUCAAGAAGAGAAAAUCGGGAGAAGGUGUUGAGGAAGCUGUCGUCGACGAGAAGGCCAUGGAGACAUCUGAAGCGACCGCCAACGAAUAG